AUGGAUACAAGCUGCAGCUUUCUAGAGGCAUUCCAUGAUGCUGCUCUGAGAGUUGGAGAAAAGGUCCCAGUUGUCUACACAGACUGCCGAUCCACAGACUGUGGAUCCACAGACUGGGGAUCCACAGACUGUGGAUCCCCACCACCCGGCGAUCCGGGGCCCCCAGCCGCCGGGGGGCGUGGCGUGGCUACUGCUGGGGGCCCACAGAUGUCUGAUGAUAUGACUGGUUACGCAGCCACAGGGGUGGUGUGCAAGGUAGCUUUAACAACCCAGCAGGACAGCAAGAUCAGGCGCGAAAAGUGCUACCCGUCCAAUCAGAAUCACGCAAGAUUAUUUGUAAUGUUCUUUGCUGGUGUUGGUAAUGGACCUGUGUGCCCCACAUUGCCCAGCAUCCAGGAAGGAAGAAAGAGGGGUAUGGAGCAGAGACAAUCCACGGAGGGAUCUGUGUGCCUUUUCAAACAAGCUCCCUCUGAUCCCAUAAGUGUCCUCAACUGCAUCAAGUAUGCCUUGGGUUUCCAACAUGCAUUGAGCCCCUCAACCUCUACCUGUAAACAUAAAGUAGAAGACACAGAGGGCGAAUAUCACACACAAUCCUCUGAGAACUGCUACAGCAUUCAAGUGAACAUAGAUUAUUUGAUGAACAGACCUCAAAACCUACGCCUAGAAAUAGCAGCAACUAAAAACACCAACAAUAAUCAAAGUCCUUCAGCUACUCCAGCCAAACCUCCUAGCACUCAGAGAGCAGUCAUUUCCCCUGAUGGAGAAUGUUCUAUAGAUGACCUUUCCUUCUACGUCAACCGACUAUCUUCUCUGGUAAUCCAGAUGGCUCAUAAGGAAAUCAAGGAGAAGUUGGAAGGUAGAAGCAAAUGCCUUCAUCAUUCAAUCUAUCUAUCCCCUGGGAACAAAGAGAGAAUCAGUCCCCAAACUGCUGUGAGCAAGAUUGCUUCUGAAAUGGCCCAUGAAGCUGUGGAACUGACCGCUGCAGAAAUGCGUGGCACUGAGGAGAAGUCCAGGGAAGGUGGCCAGAAAAGCUUUCUAUAUAGUGAAUUAUCCAACAAGAGCAAAAGUGGAGACAAACAGAUGUCCCAGACAGAGAGCAAAGAAUUUGCAGAUUCCAUCAGCAAGGGGCUCAUGGUUUAUGCAAAUCAGGUGGCAUCUGACAUGAUGGUCUCUGUCAUGAAGACCUUGAAAGAGCACAGCUCUGGGAAGCCAGUUCCAGCGUGUGUGGUCCUGAAGAGGGUGUUGCUAAGGCACACCAAGGAGCUUGUGUCCGAUUUGAUUGAUUCCUGCAUGAAGAACCUGCAUAUUACUGGGGUCCUGAUGACUGACUCAGACUUUGUCUCAGCUGUCAAGAGAAAUCUGUUCAACCAAUGGAAACAAAGUGCUGCAGACAUCAUGGAGGCCAUGCUGAAGCACUUGGUCAGUGCACUUAUUGGUGAGGAGAAGGAGACUAAGUCUCAGACUCUGUCAUAUGCAUCUUUAAAAGCUGGGUCCCAUGAUCCCAAAUGCAGGAACCAGAGUCUUGAAUUCCCCACCAUGAAAGCUGAAAUGAAAGGGAGGGACAAAGGCAAAAUGAAAUCAGAUCCAUGCAAGUCGCUGACUAGUGCUGAGAAAGUCGGUGAACACAUUCUCAAGGAGGGCCUGACCAUCUGGAACCAAAAGCAAGGAAACCCAUGCAAGGUGGCUACCAAAGCAUGCAGCAAUAAAGAUCAGAAAGGAGAAAAGAUCAGUGCUUCCACAGAUUCACUGGCCAAGGACCUGAUUGUCUCUGCCCUUAAGCUGAUCCAGUACCAUCUGACCCAGCAGACUAAGGGCAAAGAUACAUGUGAAGAAGACUGUCCUGGUUCCACCAUGGGCUAUAUGGCUCGGAGUACUCAAUAUGAAAAGUGGGGAGGUGGCCAAGGUGCCGAAGCACUUUCAGUGAAACACCUAGAAUCUCACAGAGCCCCUGGACCAUCCACCUGUCAAAAGGAGAACCAACCCCUGGACUCCCAGAAAAUGGAUACCAUCAUUCUAAAGCUGAUUGAGAAACUGCUUAAUGAGAACCCCUUCAAAGGUGAGGAUCCACGCGAAGGUGAGAACAAGCAUUCUGAGCCCAGGGCAAGCAAAGCAACUUACAUGUCCAAGAGAUCUGACAAAGGGGAAGAACAAUGCCAGGACCAUCAAGAACGUGACUUUAUCAGUGGGAUGAAGCAAGUGAGCUGGCAAUUUAUAGAAAAAUUGGUAGAAUCUGUGAUGAAGCUCUGCCUUAUCAUGGCUAAGUAUAGCAACGAUGGGGCAGCCCUUGCUGAGUUGGAAGAACAAGCAGCCUCGGCAGAUAAGCCCAAAUUCAGGGGCACCAGGUGCAUUCACAGCGGUGCAAUGCCACAGAACUAUCAAGACUCUCUUGGACAUGAAUUAAUUGUAAAUAAUUAGUGCUCUACAACUAGCUUGCAGAAGCAGCUCCAGGCUGUCCUGCAGUGGAUUGCAGCCUCCCAGUUUAACGUGCCCAUGCUCUACUUCAUGGGAGAUAAGGAUGGACAACUGGAAAAGCUUCCUCAGGUUUCAGCUAAAGCAGCAGAGAAGGGGUACAGUGUAGGAGGUCUUCUUCAAGAGGUCAUGAAGUUUGCCAAGGAACGGCAACUGGAUGAAGCCGUGGGAAAGGUGGCCAGGAAACAGUUGCUGGACUGGCUGCUCGCUAACCUGUGAGCUGACAAUUUCUUUGACUCGUCUUCAUCUUAGCCCCCCUAGCAGCAUUAUAUCCCAGCCAGAGCACCACCACCAUCAGGACAGUCAACUGCACAAUACACAACUGUGUCUCCCAGUACACUUGAGCAGUUGCCUGUGAAUGUAAGAGGUGUCAACAAACUGGGAAAGAAAAUGAAUUAAAACAAAUUUUUUAAAAAUGUGUCAUUUUUUUGAUCAGCUAUUUCCAAGACAAGGGAAGGGAAUUGGUCCAUUUUCCAGGAAUGGUGACACAGUGUUGGAGUUGUAUUCAGAUCUCACCCUGGAUUAUUUUCUGAGCACCAAAGACACAGGGAUAUAAUCCAUGUCAAGGUCCCUAAGUAAUCUGGUUUGUUCAAAUAAUCUCAAUUCACAGUCUCUUUAGAGUUUUCCCACCUGUGGCCUUCCUAUUUCUCCCUGAACUGCACAUCUAACUUGAUAAUCCCCUUUCUAAUCCCAAGGAUACAGCUUUCUUGGUUUAGUUGAAGAAAGUGUAUAACCAUUACCCUGCCUUGCUACACACACAUCCCUCAAAAGUGUUCACCGCACAUAGCUAAAUACUACCCAGAACUACAAUGGGAUCUGAUCCUCUCCCGUGUGUGAAUAAAGCUUCCUUAUAAGGAAUUUCCUUCAAUUGAUGAGAUUUCCUUGU